GAAUUUACAAAAUUCACAUCAACUCAGCUGUAAGUUCAGUAUACAAAGUAGAAAACGAUUGUGAAACAUAAAAAUGGGCAAAAUAUCCAGAUUUAAAACAAAAUGUGCGAAACACGAAACAAGAACUCGGCCAAAGACAAAUGAGGACACAAUCUAACAUAGGAUACAAGCAGAUAACAGAAAAACUAACAAAUAAUCAAAGAAGAAGAACAGGGGGAAAUAAAAAGUACGACUCAGAUUCGGACGUCGUUCGUUUGUGAUUGAACGUCGGAUGGAGUUCCACUCGGAAACAGCGAAUCUCGCCGUCUAAAUUUUUUUAUAUUUAAACAAAGAUGGUGUGAUGGAUGAAAGCAUGGAAAACAACAAUGAUGAAGGGAGCCAGGGUAGCUUUCCACGGGGCGGUGGUGAUAUGCUCAACCCAGCGGAACAGAGCGAAGACGGUGCUGCGCCUCCCCUUGUGCUGACAAUUAACGAAAGCUCUCCUCGCAACUCUUCUUCAUCUGGCGAAUUUCGAGAAACGUCUCCAAGAUCAUCCGAAGAAUUAAGCGAGAUCUGGAGAAUUUGGGACCAGAGAACGACAGCCUUGGAGAAUGGCAAUGCUUCAGGCUCGGCAGUCGAGGAAUUUGAUGACAGUGGCAGCAAUGCGGAAUGGCUAAACACAUCAAGUACGAGUUCAGAUACUGAAAAAGAAUCUGAAGUUGUGAGGCCGACUCCAAAAGUUCUAUUCAAACCAAAACCAAAGCACAAUUGGUUUAUUCUUAAAGAACUUUAUUUGAGAGAAAAUGGGUUUAACCGAAAUCCAUGCGCUUUCACUCAACAUUUUUACGGGUCUCUUCACGCCGUGGAAAGGCUAGAGCUGAUGUACAAAUUGGAAGAGCAUAACGGCUGUGUGAACGCUAUAAAUUUCAACGCAUCCGGAACUAAACUCGUCAGUGGAUCUGACGAUCGCAAUGUCGUCGUUUGGGAUUGGGCAGCUGGAAAGUGCCUCUCUAAAUUUAACACAGGCCAUUCUGGAAACGUCUUCCAGUGCAAAUUUCUUCCUUUAACUGGAGACGGGCACAUUGUCACUUGCUCACGAGACGGCCAAAUAAGACUAGCAUAUCGGGAUAGUACUGGCGACUAUACAAACACAACAAAACUCGCUCAACACACUAAAGCAUGCCACAAAUUAACACUAUUACCGCAGACUCCACAUGUAGUCUUAUCGGCUGGCGAAGACGCUCUAAUUUUACAAACUGAUGUUCGCGAUAGUAAUCCUGAGAAGCUGACAUACGUAAAAGAAGGGAAGAGAAAAAUUAGUCUUUAUAGCAUUCAUAGCAAUCCUAUGAACGAGAAUGAAAUUUGCGUUUCUGGAGAUGAUUACUUUAUAAGACUGUAUGAUCGAAGAUUUAUUAGAAGUGAUGGAAAUGCAGAUAUAAAGUUUAAACCGAAAAAAUUUACGAAGCCGUAUUCUGUAUAUGUAACUUGUGCUGUGUUUAACUACAACGGGACGGAAAUUAUUGGCUCUUAUAAUGACCAAGAUAUUUAUUUAUUUGAUACGAAACACUCGAGUGAAACAGACUUCAUACACAGAUACGAAGGUCACAGGAAUUCUGAAACAGUGAAAGGAGUAAAUUUCUUUGGUCCCAAAAGUGAAUUUAUCGUUUCUGGAUCUGAUUGUGGCCAUAUAUAUAUUUGGGAUAAGAAUACUGAAUCUAUCGUACAAUGGAUGAGAGGUGAUGAGGAUGGUGUGAUAAAUUGUAUAGAACCUCACCCUCACAUCCCAGUUCUGGCAACAAGUGGUCUAGAUUCAGAUAUUAAAAUCUGGAUACCAUCUUGUGAACACGAACCGUUGUUAAAUGGUUUGGAAAAGACUGUUGCAGAGAACAUUAGUAAUAGGGAAUCUAGAAUAGUCCCAGGUGGGAAUCUAUCGUUGAAUUCGACUAUCGCUCGCUGGUGGAGGCAAAUCCGAAACAUAGAUCAGAACAACGCCGCAACGGGAGACCGUCAACCUAUUUAUGUACAUUUGGAUGCCCUGGGAUUAGAAACAUUUUUAGGUUAUAACGAUGAUUCAACUUCUUCUAGUUCGAGUUCGUUAUCUUCUGUAUAGUCAUUGGGAAGAACGAAUUUUCCGAAGUUAAUACAAAUUUCCAAUUUGCUUUUGUGAAUUAUCUCCACCUGUUUUAAAUGGAGAAUGAGAGUGAUAUGUUUUAGUUUAUAUAUUUUAAACAUUGGCCUACAUCUAUCCAACUGUUCACACCUGAUGUCUGAAACAUUUAAUUUAAAUUAAACAAAAGUUGAGAUAUGUAUGUCCAUUUUGUAAUAUAAACAUUUCAAAUUAUACUUAUAUCCAUUGAAUAUGUGUAAAUUGUAUAUUUUUAGAAUGUACUUGUAAUUUAUAUUUAUAAAUGUGAAGGCAAAGUCAGAGAAAUGAGUUUUUUGUUUUGUUUAUUAACACGUUUGCUGAAGGGUGAAGGUAAUGGCCUUACCAGAGAUUUAAACUUCACCCAGUCGUGCGGAUUUUUCCGUUUUAUUCUCUGGCAAGAUCAUUCCUUGUCCCUGACUAAACACAGAUUUAUUUUGCAAACCUGUUUUGCUUUUUUAGAUUUUUAACCACUUUUUACCGUGUUAUUAGGGUACAAAUUGUUAUAUCACUUUUGUAGAGUAAUAAAUGGGACUAAAUAUACUAUACAAAAAAAUCAA